AUGAAGUCCACCAUCAUGAUAGCCCUAGCGGUUUCCGCCCAAGCGCACACCAUCUUCCAGCAAGCCCAUCACCAUAACCACCUACCCUUCACAACCCAACUAACCCAUCCCCCCUCCCCAACCCCCAGAAACUCUCCAUCAACAACCUCGUCCACCCCCCCCCUAGUCGGCCUGCGCGCCCCGCACCUCAACUACCCGAUCCACGACGUCAGCGACGCGCGCAUGGCAUGCGGGCCGGUAAGCACACACUCCAACCGCACCAUCGACGCCCGCGCCGGCGACCGCGUCGGCGCCUGGUGGGGCGCCGUCAUCGGCGGCGAGGCCUUCCCCGGCGACCCGGACCACCCGAUCCCGCCCGGCCACAAGGGGCCGAUCUCGACGUAUAUGGCGAAAGUGGAGGAUGCGGUGGGGGUGUCGUUGGAGGAGGGGGAGGAGGGGCUGCGGUGGUUUAAGAUCCAGGAGUCGGGGUUGGAUGUGGAGACGGGGCGGUGGGCGGUGGAUGAGAUGAUUGCGGAAAGGGGGUGGGUUUAUGUGGAUUUGCCGAAGUGUUUGGCGCCGGGGGAGUAUUUGCUGCGGCAGGAGGUGUUGGCGCUGCAUUCGGCGGCUGAGUGGAUGGGGGCGCAGUUCUAUCAGUCGUGUGCGCAGCUUAAUGUGACCGGUGGGGGGGGCUAUGUGCCGGAGGAGACGGUUGCUAUUCCUGGGGUGUACGGUCAGGAUGAUCCGGGGGUAUUGGUCCAGAUCUAUGUGGAUGGCGUGCCGGAUCAUGGGAGGAAGCCGUAUCCGGUGCCGGGCCCGAGGCCGAUGACCUGUCCGGCUUGAGUGUAAGAGUGUUGGGGGCUGGGGGGUUAGAUGCGGGAAAGGAUGGGCUCCAUUGGGUACAUCGUGUUACAAGCCAAAGCGUCCCUGUGCCGGUACAGGUAGGCGAUGCAGGCGAGACGAUCUUGUUCUAGGGGGAAAAGACAAUACUAACCCUCUCAACUUUCCUGUUCUCGCGCGUCUCAACAAGCAUUUUUCUGCCUUUGCCACGGGUAGGCAUCUGCGUAUACCCCGGAACGAUACAAGUAGGCCAAGACGGAGAGAGACUUGGGCCCCGGAUUGUUUUCAUGUUACCAACAUACAUAAUAAUGUGGGUAAGGUAGUUGGAAGUCGCACAGUUAGAAUCAUCUGCACACUUCUG